CAGAAACCCUCCUAAAACCCUAAACAAGAAGAAUCAGUACCCCUUCCCUCAUUUUCGCUUCUUCCCAGUUUCCCCCUCUCCUUCCAAGUUCCCACCACCUCUUCUUCUUAAGCUCAAAUGGCUCUGACUAACACUCUUAGAAGGGUUGCUUCGCGAGCUGUACCUUUCGCCUCCCGAGUCUUCCAAGCAACCAGCCCACGGUACGGCCACCGCGGCUCUGCUCUCUUCUCCGCCGUCAACCGCCGCUUCGAUCUGUCGCACUCCGUCUUGAAAAGCUCAUUGCCGUCGGCCUUCCAUCAUUUCUCAACUCGGCCGGCUUCAGAUGAGUCACUCCUCAAAGUUAUUCAGGACGAGAUUCAGUGUGCCGUGGAUGCUGAUGAAAAUAUCGACAAGGUUGAGGAGCUUCCAUCUAACUUUCCGUUCAAACUUGAAGAUAAUCCUGGACUGCAGACUGUAACUCUAACAAGGGAGUAUCAAGGUGAAACCAUCGUUGUAGAAGUCGAGAUGCCUAGCACUGUCACUGGGAAUUACGAGGAAAAUGAUGAUGAUGAUGGUGAUGCUGAUGAUGAGAAGGCAGCACAGUCUCAGCUUCCUUUGGUAGUCAGAGUUUCCAAGAGCCAUGGACCAUGUUUGGAGUUUGGUUGCACUGCUUAUCCAGAUGAUAUUGUAAUUGAUAGCUUGUCAGUAAAGGAUCCAGAUGCUUCAGAGGAUGAAAUUGCAUAUGAAGGACCUGAAUUCACGGAGUUGGAUGAGAAUCUGCAGAAGGCUUUCCACAAGUAUCUGGAGAUUAGGGGAGUCAAACCCAGCACAACAAACUUCUUGCAUGAGUACAUGAUCAACAAAGAUAGCAAGGAAUACGUGGUGUGGCUCAAGAAUCUCAAGAAGUUUGUUGAAGCAUGAACUAGGCGAAAACUUAGAGCAACUAGGUGGCUAUGUUAGUUAUUUCCAUACACAUAUUUAAAUGCGACUUCUCAUUGGCGUUAAAAGCAUACGUCCUGGUAUUGAAAUCGUCUGGGAGGAUUUUGGAAUUGUUAAACGUCUGGAAGAAUUUCUUUUGUACCCGGGUCACAGUAGAGCAUUGAAUUAGAUCUCUGAAUACUGGUUGGAAUUCUUUUCUGUCAGAAAAUAUGGAGCUUUUCUAUUAAUUGGAUUUUGUAUGGUGGUGGAGUUU